GAGAGUCGCAGAGAACGCGGCGCCAGGCGCUCGGGUGGAGGAAUGGCGCCCUCCCCCGGCGAGCUGACACGUCCCGAGUGGGCCCCAACGCCUUCUUCCUCACGCCCACCCAUCCGCGCAGCCUUUGGAGUCCCGGGGUGUGCGCGGGGAGGGGGCUGCGGACGCUGCGGAUUUGCGGACAGGAAGCCGGCUUGACAUUGAACUCCAGCUCGGGGACGCGCGCGUGUGAGCCGUGGGGAGGGGGCCGGGCUCGUAGCUGCGGCGAACCGGCUCAGGCGGAGUGCAGACCCGCCGCCGCCCGCCCGCGGGAGCGGCGAGCGCAGAAGCCAUUCAUGAUUUUGGUGACGUUAUUCUAAGAGUGGGCGAGGGGAGGCGGAGCCACUCUCGGACAGGCCCCGCCCCCGCUCCUAUAAAUGCGCCUUCCCGGGCUCUUUGUGGGACCCGGAGCUCGGUGGAGAGCGGGGAGCUUGGUCUGCACUGCCGACGCCGCUGGCAGCGGGGCUGUCUCGGGAAGGCGGACCGGCGAUCGCCCAGUACCCGCUCUCGGCUGCCCGCUGCUCUCCUCUGCGCCCCUGUCAUCCUCAUUCGGGACGCAGAGACCAUUUCUUUCUUUCUUUUUUUUUUUUAAAUCACAAGGGCGUGGGUCAGCCUCCCCUAGGACUUCAUGUCUGUAUAUUUCCCCAUUCACUGCCCUGACUAUCUGAGAUCGGCUGAGAUGACUGAGGUCAUGAUGAACACCCCAUCCAUGGAAGAGAUCGGCCUCAGCCCCCGGAAGGAUGGCCUUUCCUAUCAGAUCUUCCCAGACCCGUCAGACUUUGACCGCUGCUGCAAACUGAAGGACCGCCUGCCCUCCAUCGUGGUGGAGCCCACAGAGGGGGAGGUGGAGAGUGGGGAGCUCCGGUGGCCCCCUGAGGAAUUCCUGGUCCAGGAGGGUGAGCAGGAGGACAACUGUGAAGAGACGACAAAAGAAAAGAAGGAACAGUAGAGUCCCUGCAGGCUCGCCCGGGUUGUGCCAGCCAGCAUACCUGAACUGUUUUUCCCAUCGCGAUGGAAGAAGAGAGUGAGCCACAGUCAUUCUGAAAACUGUCAAAUGAGGCUUCCGUUUUGCACCUGAAAAAUCACCAAGUCCGUUUUCUUUUCUUGUCUUUUUUUUUUUUUUUAAAUUCGUUGAGCAAUGGAGCCCCCUGACAAUUUGCAAGGCUGAGAAAGGAAGCUGCUGAGAACAGGGGUGUGGGUGGGGGUGUGGGAAAGGGGUGCCGCUUCUGAGAUCCCUAUCUGAACUCUAGUGCCAGAGGCAGUGUGUGUGUAUGUGUAUGCUGUUGGGGGUUCUGGCUGUGGGGUGCGGGGUGAGCAAGUGAGCAAGAAACAUUCUUGGGUUAAAAAAGAAAAACAACAAAAACAAAACAAAACAAACCCCACUAUUUUUUUUUUUUAAGAGAACUACAGCCAGGAAGUGCUUACCAGCAUUUGCUCUGGCUGCUGGGGCACCUGACAACUAAGGUUUUCAUCUGGUCUUGUCGCUCACCUCCACCAGCCUUUGCUUUCAUUUCAAGCAUGUUGGCUACCCACAGAGAAGUAAGGCCAGGACCAACUGCCUACGAAGCCAGCUGGAGGGCCACACAGGAAAGGAAGCGUCCACCUGUUCUUCCCGCGGACUCUGCCCCAGCUGUGCUGGGCUCUCAGAGCCCCCAGGGACCUGGACAGUUGUAAGGGAUAGUACUUUUGAGUUUUUUCCUCCUCUAUUGGCCCUUUUUGCCUCCUAAUACAUUGGGGAAUAGCCAGAGCACUUCCUGCCCUUGUGGGACCUUCCAAGGCUGCAGCAUGGAAGUGCCCUCUUCCCCUGUGGGUCUUCUGAGAAUUCUUACCAAGUCCCCAUGGAGCAGAAUGGUAGAAGAGUCAGCUCCGCAGGUCUGCUCCCCCUCCUCCUUUGGCCACAACAGUCAGGUGGCCGGUCCCCAGCUCUGCUAUGGCCCGUCACCCCUAUGAACUACAGCAGCACCACUCCAGUGGGGUUUCCCAGCCCGGCUUCCACGGGAGCUAAAAGCAGAGCGUGUGGGCUUUUUAAUGCAGGAGUCUGGGUGGUGCUGCAUGGAUGUGCUGAGGCUCCCACAUGGCAGCAGGUGUCUGGUGGAGGAGUUGUUACGGGGUUACUUCUGCUCCUCUUGUUGCUCUUGAGCACAGGUUGGGGGAAGAUAUGGGGUACACUGGGGUGUCCUUAUGGAACAGUAACCUUCAUCCCUUUCCCACCUCACCUGCUUCUGGCAAGGGCAGCAGUCGCAUGGGGGGCAAUUAACAUCUGGACUUGGCCUCUGAUCAUAACCCAGAACCUCCUGGAAUAGCAGGUUAGAAGACUGUUUGGUCAAGAGGUGGACUGAAAGCCUUCCUUGGGCUUCACUCAGCCAACUGAGGCACCCACAAUGUCCCCUCAUGUCUCUGCCAGUCCAGGUUGACCCCCUCCAUCUUUGGACUAGUGUGUCUAGCUGUAUUUAAUACCUCAAAGUCAGUGUGGCUCUGGGGCACGUUGGGGCAAGAGCGUGGGGGUAUGCUGUUGACGCGGCAUUCGGCAAGGUUUGGUUUUGGGAUGCCGAUGGUCACUCCCCUACCCCUGCAUCUUCCCUCUGUCGUCUGCCUGUGAUACACACCGAUGGCAAUAACUUUUUCCGGCUCCUCGCAGAAGUGGGAGAGGGUUGCAGCCAACCCCACGAUGGGGGAGCUUCUCUCUCUUGCUCCCGCUCUGCUCUGUUUUGGCUACAGAGAUCUGUUCAUCCCACUCUUCCUUCUGUAGCACUUCUCAUCCCUCGCCUCCCUUUAUGGACAGGUGUCUGGCCUUUUAAAUUCCUGGGUUCUGGUGUCUUCUCACCCCUAACCCCAGUUAUCUGUCUUGGUCUUGCCGUGUGAUGGAGACGUGCUUGUAUAUCCAGUAUCAAAUCGGCUUUGUGUAUAUGUGUGUUUAUGGGGUGGUUUCUUCCCUUUUCUGGUCACUAGACCAUGUUGUACAACUGUGUGCAGUCUGAGCAGGCCAGGGGCUGACAGUUGAUGUCAGGACCCUCAGCAGUUGAGCCUGCUGGGGGGACCCAGCUGCUCUUAGACAAGCGGCUGAGCUCCUGUUUGGCCGCUUCUUCUUCUUCUUCUUCUUCUUCUUCUUCUUCUUCUUCUUCUUCUUCU